AUUCCCCUCCAGACAAAUAGAAUAUUCCAAAUCUAGUUUACAAACAUUACAAUAUGGCGACGCGUCCCUAGUUCCCGGAAAAUGAGCCGAGCGUUAGAUUUUGCAACAGGGAUGUUUGAUUAUCAUGGCACACAGAUGAAAGUAUAGAAAGUAAAGGUCUGAAACGCCUAUAUAGGAAGAGACAAUGGAUAUGAGAGUUCGGGAUCCAGGGAUAAUUACCUCAUCACCAGUGAAUUAUGAGGUAGAGUCAAGUGUUGGGUUUGGUUCCAAUGCUAAUUUGGAUACAAGUUUUGAGCUGAUGUCUGUCAGUCAAUUACGGGAUCAACUUAGGAGAGAACAAGGUAAAAGAAGAGAGAAGGAAGCAGAGAUAGACGUUUUGAAAAGAACGACUGGCUCAAGUCUUUAUGGAGGGAGCUCCACCCCUAAAUCUUCCUCGCCUAUCCAUAGUAGAACCUAUAGGGAUCAUGUACCAAGUAAUAGCCAAGACUCAGACUCGGGAAUAAGCCAUGGUGGGUCAAGGAAAUCCCCCUACCACCAUUUGACCCCGCCCCAUCAAUCAAGCUCGCUCCCCCAAGUCUCCAGUCACACUGCCUAUGGAAGCCACUCAUCUGCUGCACCUACCAUGCCCCGCACCGUCCGGUCGUCCCCCUAUCUUUCCUCAGGCUAUGAUGGCAUAGGAGGAGGAGGGGUGUUGCCAGGGGGUAGUACCAGCACAAGUGGGGCGGAGUUCUGGAAUACGUCCCCGUCGUCGAUGAAAAACAUGAAAGAUGCUAUGUACGAGAGUGAGCAGAGGAGACUGGCGUUGGUUGAGAAACUGAGAGAAGCUCAUGACACAUUGCAGAAUCAGACAGAGAAAUUGUGUAACAGUGAAGGAUUGCUGAACGAUACUCAUCAUACGUUAUCAAGUCUAUCGGCUACAAAUGAGGCCCUUCAGAAGAGAUUAGUAGAAGUCCAGAAAGAGAGAGACGGGUCUGUGACAGACAAGAUGGAUGCCUUGAGACAACAAGGUCUUCUUCAACAAAGGGUGGUUGAUCUGGAGCAAGAACUAAAAAGCCUACGGGCUUCUAACUCUGCUCUCCAGGCCGAGACCCGGAAACGGGACGUCCUGGUAGAUCAGACGUCUCGAGCCAUGAGUCUCUUGGAUGAAGAAAACAAGACAUUUCAGCAGACAAAGGACACUAUGUUGAAGGAAGCCCUUGCCCUGAAAGAAUCCAUCAUGAUAGCUAAGGCCAAGAACGAGAAAUUGGAAUCCGAAGUGAGAGAAUUAGAAAAACUCAAUGAGAGCCGUGAGAUGCUUGCAGCGCGAAACACAGAGCUUAACGCCUACCUGAUGGAUGAGAGACGGCAGGUAGCUGAGCUCAUGCAUCAGGUUGAUCUACUUAAAGGAGAUUUCAUGAGAGCCAGUGAGGAGAGAGAUGUUUUCCAGAGUAGAGCCAUAGACCUGGAGGAUAAAUGCUCGGAUCUGAACGCUCGGUGUGUCAGUUCGUCGGCCUCCAAGGAAAGACUGAUGCAAGAGAAAUUAGACCUCCAGCAAUCACUCAAUCAAACCAUGCAUGAGAAAGAAGAUCUCAUUAAGAUCAAACAAGACAUCGAUAGCCAGCUAACUCAGGCCCAGCUAUCAGUCACUCAACAUAAGCUUAUGGUGGAUAAGAAGGAUGAAGAAUUAGAAAAACUGGAAGAGGAGCUUAAUGCAACUAAAAAGGUAAGCGAGGUAUUGUCAACAGAGCUUUCGCUGGUAAAGAACAAUCAGGAGAGACUUCAGGAAGAAUUCAAACAGCUGAACGCUGACAAGAGAGCCGUAACUCAGCAGCAGUCUUACUGGGAAGGGGAGGCAAGAAGGAUAGCAGGGGAAAGGGAUAUCCUUACUAAGGCCAUGGAACAGUUGAAAUCUGAUUUCAUGAAGGAGAAAGAUCAGUUUGAAGAGCAGCUCCAGUCUCACAGGGAGGGUACCAGGGAAGCCAGGAGUGAGAAGACAAAGGCAUCAGCGAGGGUCCAGGAACUAGAAACAAUGCUACACAGAGCUAAUGAAGAUCUGAAGGAAGCUACCCUAAAGCAGCAGGAAGAGAUGGAGGAAUGGAAGGGCUCCUGUGAUAGGCUGUCUAGCAGUGUGGCUCGCAAGGAGAACGAAUCAGCAGCCCUGAAAGAAAAACUCAGGGAGGCCAGUGAUCAGAUCUCUGAGAUGCGAGCCCAGAUCCAGUCCCUGGAGAAUUCUGUGGAGGAGCUGAGCCGUUUCAAGGAGACGGCCAGUGAGCUGGAGGAGGAGAACAAGAGACUUGCCCAGGAGCAUGGCGAAGAUCAACAGGUCAUCCAACUCCUGGAGAUGCAGAAGACUAUCCUGUCUAAACAUCAGACUACUGGAGUACCCAAACAAGCAGCUGAGAAGCUCCAAGCUGAAAUAGAUCAUCUGAAAGCAGAACUUGGUUUAUCUGAAGACAAGAUAGAGGAGUUGAAGGAGGAGUUAUCUCGGGAGAGAACGCCGGGUGGCUAUCGAUCAGCACGGGCCACACCCAUUGCCUUUGACCGAAGCGCUGACCAAGAUGAUCAUAUCAAGAACCUGAAAGAGAUGAACAAACUCCUGCAAGAGAAGAUUAGCAAGCUUGAAGCAAGCCUUCUGCAGCAAUCCCUGCGGGCCAAGGCAGCCGAUGACACGGAGGUCAGGAAUCGUGACCUUGAUGAACAGGUCAGGUCAAUGAAUGAUCUUAAUCAGAUGCUAGGCGAGAAAGUGAGCCGACUUGAGAAGGACAACGCAGAGCUCAUGAUCAGGACACCAAAAGAAGAUUGGGUGCCCAAGUUCGAUUACGAUACGAUUGAGAAGGAUAAGAUCAAACUUGAAGCGGACUAUGAGAUCUUGAAGGCUGAGUAUGCUGAGCUUGAGGCCAGACAUCAAAAGUUCCUUCAGGACCAUCUCUCUAGGACUCUGGACUCUUCAGGUCUAGGACUAUCCCUCAGCAACCUUGAUAGGAGAGAUGACUUAGGUGAGCUUCACAAACUUCGUCGGGACAACAGCUCCUUGGAGCGACAGGUGGAGGUGCUUCGGGGACAGAGCAACCUGGCUGAGAAUGGCAAAAAGAGGGCAGAGGAUCGAUUGCGCCCCAAUACAUCUCAGGAUCGUCAAAUAGAAGGAGAGUUAGUGGAUCUACAAGACAAAAUGUUGAAAGAAAGGGAAAAGAAUCAAUACAUCGCCAACCUGGAGAUAGAGACCAUACUCCGAUCCCAGUUGGACGAACACAAGCAGAUCAUCAAGCAGCUCCAGACGGAGGUUGCCACCAAGAACGUUGCCCUGGAGAACGCUACCGUCGGUAUGGAGGAGAGAAUGGUUGACAAGGCUCGUGAGAUGGAGAGGGUUAUCAAGGAGAGGGAUGAGCACUGUGAUGCGAGGAGGAGAUUGGAACAGGAGAAGCUGGUUCUAGAAAUUAAGAUCAAGGAACAGAAGAUGCUGUUGGAGCAGCUACGAGAUGAGAAACCAAGAUUACUUCAGGAGAGACAAGGAGAGAUCAGUACCCUACAGGAGCAACUCAUGAGUGCCAACAAGAACAUCAGGAAACUAGAAAAUGAUGUUAGGAAUCUAGAGGAGCAACUGUCUGACAAGGAUCAUCAGCUGCGUAGGAUCCAGCUGAGCCAGUCGUCGGAGAUCGAAGGGAUGCAUGAGGAGGCCACCAAGCAGAUCAAGGAGCUCCAGCUCCAGCUGCUUAAGAAGGAGAAUGAAGGAUCUGAGAUGAGGCAGGAGAUGAACAGGAGAGAGGAUGAAAUGAGACAGGUUCUCCAGGGAAAGACUAAGCAGGAGCUGGAACUUGAACAGAUCCGUGGUGAAGCAGGCAGAACUGUAGAGCACCUGACAAGCAUCGUUGAGAAACAGGAAGGUGAAAUCAUUAGACUGAAGAGUGAGGUAGAAAAUAAGAUGGAAGAACUGAAGAGGCUCAGGACUGCGCAGGAGAACGAUGUAGAAUCUUUGAAGGAGAUGCUGUCCGACACCAACAAGAAGUAUUCCAGAUUGAAAGAAGAGAAGGAGAUGAACGAGACUGAAUUGCAACAUAGCAUGGCAAGACAACUGCAGGAUCUACGCAGAGAGAUUGAUAGGAAAGAACAACUCAUCAAGAACAUGAGUGAAGAACUGAAGGAAGAGAGGAUGCAAAAGCCUAAGUUGAAGGAGUCGAUGAAUGAGGUAGAAGAUGAAUUGAUGAGCGUGAGGGCGGAACUAGCUAGGGUCAAUGGGACCAUAAAGAUCAAAGAGACUCAGAUUCAAGAUCAGGACAACCAGCUCAGAGAAUCGCAUGAUAAGUAUGACAAUUUGAUGAGAGAGAAGAUGGACCUGAAACGAAGGCUAGAUUCACUACAAGACAAUGCGGAUGAUGAGCUGAGAGAUCUGAGGAAAAAACUUGAUACACAAAAGAAUGAACUGACCAUCCUUGAAGACAUGAACAGAGCAAUGGAAGGAAAGUCCGAAGAUAGCAAUUUGAAAGUAAAGAGGUAUGAGGACAAGGUCAAAGGUCUCCAGGAAGAGAUUGGUAACCUGAAUAGAAUGGUGAAUAAUCUACAGAGUAGAAACAAGAGAUUGGAGGAAAGCAAAGACAAUCUUAUCAAAGAUAUGGAUACACUCAGGGAUGAGAAGUCGAGAUGCUCCAAGUGCAGUCGUCUGGAAAGUCAGUACCAGGAGGUGCUGACGGAGAAGGAGAACCUGGAGGAGGAUAACGAGGAGCUCCACAAAGAGGUGGAGAACCUCAACAACCUCCUGACACUGAAACAGAAAGAUGCCAAAGAGAGUCAAAAGGUAAAAGAGUCACCACUAAAGAGAACUCCAAACUCCACCCUUGCCUUGGAACGCUCUCAAACCUCCAGCAGGGCGUCACCCAUCUCAUCGACCACACCCUCGCCAAAACCUGGGUCGGGUAGAGCGGCCACACCCCAGCAGCUUGCCGCUGCUCUCAAGAGGCUAUCGGUAAAGCAGAGUCCGCAGGGCGGUGCUGCAGGAGGAGGUGGUGGAGACGAGAAGCGGGCGUUGUCCCCGGAACCAAAGGAUCGUAAAGGUCUCAAGGACUUGGGGAAGGUCAGUGGGUACGAGGAUAGGAGGAAGUCACUGAACAGCAUGGAGUCCAGACUACAAGCUCUCAGGAGUUCACAGGAUAAGACAAUCAAGGACAUGAAGAAACCAGCUGUGAAACCUGACCUGAAUUCGACGGGAGGAAGCGGGGAUGGAGGAAAGAAACAAGCUAGAUUUGUCUUGCCAUCGAGUAAAAAAUUUGAAAAAUCACUCGGCUCCACCGGAGGCUCAUCCAGAUCAAAACUCAACAGCACUAGGCCUCCGAUGGAUGAUAAUGAAGUUUGAAAAUAGUAAAGUAUUCUGUAAUAAUGUGUUGUGUUCAAAUUCUUCUAAUACAAUCAUCCAUGCAUUAUGUGAAUUUUGAUGGAAUUACAUGUAUGUGCUGUAAUACACACCCAUGUUGUACAUGUAUCACAUAACUACCCGUGGCACAUAUCAUUGUGUACAUUUGGUUGCUGACAUUCUUUUUACUAACAAUAAUAUAAGAUGGCGGUUCAUGUAUAGCAGAGUGGUGCUAAAAUUCAUUAUGAAUGUCAGAGCUGCUAACACAUUGCCAAGAAGUUUGAUAUGAGUUGAUUUUUUUAUAUGCAGCAUGAUGAAUAUAUUGUGCAAUGUGAACAGAUCCAUGUAUUCAUAUCAGUGUCCAGUAUCGUGGUCAAAAUAAAAAAGUGAUAUUUAUUUGGCAGCAGUUGCACAAACUAAUACCCAAGUCACACUGAUGAGGUUUGAUGCCAAAGAUACAAUCAAUAUUUGCAAGUAGUUUGUGAUUAUUGUGAAUGGGUGCCGUAGAUUACAAGUUCAAUCAGGUGUUUGAUUGAUUAUAUGUUACCAGGGGGCCGUUUCAUAAAGCUGUUCGCAAGUUACGAGCGACUUUAAGAACGACUGGUGAUCCUUUCUU